UCACUAGACUAGAAAAAGCGUUACAUGAAUCUGUGGUAUUAUUAUGUUAAACGGUCAAGUGGAGCGAAAGGAAGUGUGUGGGUUUGAAUGAGGAUGUUUGGAACUAUUGUAGUUAAAUUAAUGUAGUGAUAUAUUUUGUUUGAAAAUCAUGCACGGGAACUGUAUUUCUGGUUUAGUGCACCUUUGUUUUUUUAUAACAUUAUGUCUACUUACAUUAACCUUCAAAGUUGCCGGUACUAAUUUACCGCCUUCGUGUAAGUUCAAUGUGUCACAGAAUGGUCACACCCGGCAGUUUGACUUGUCGAGCUUGUCAAAGCAAGGCGUGUGGCAGGCGCAGGUGAACAGCAGUACGUACGUGUUGGUGUCCAUGUGCGGCCACUUGGAUGCGGCAAAUGCGGACAAGUGCCCCGACACGGGGGCGGCUGUGUGCCUGACCAGCCGAGCAGGUGGAAACUGGACACCCCUCGUACCAAAUGCCGGUCGCACUCCGCUUGUGGGUAAUACGUUAAAUGAAAGUAGUAAUGACUUCAGCAUAAACUUUGUUGGAGGACAGAUGUGCAAAGACUCUAAAAACUUCAGUACAACUAUAUUCUUCACUUGCAGUCAGGCGGAGGAGCUGGUGUACUUGUCCACCGCCCAGGACGAGUGCACCUUGGUUCUCUUCUGGAGCACGAUGGCGGCGUGCGUGUCCAACCAGGAGGCGGUGGACAGUUGCGUGCUGCGCAGCGGCGCCGGGAGCUUCGACCUGCGCCCGCUCCACCGGCCCGCGGGCUACGCCGUGCGGUCCGCCGCCGGGCACCAGUUCGAGCUGGGCCUCUGCAUGGCCGGGCCGGGCGGGCGCUGCCUGAACGGCAGCGUCGCCGCCUGCGAGGUCUCCGGCGGCUCCCGGGAGCUGCUCGGGCUCUUCGGCAAGCACUUGCUGGAGUACUCCCCCGGGGGCGGCUUGAAGCUCGUCUACAAGACUGAUCACAGCGGUAGUCACAAGAAAACGGAAAUCAGCCUAACUUGUAAUUACAGUGCGAUGACAGUCGCACCAGUAUUCUUAGGUGCUGAAGACAAUGUGUACAAGUUUGAAAUUGAAACAUGGGCGGCGUGCGUGCAGUGGCCAGUGGAAUGCCACACGUAUGACACACAAGGUAACAAGUACGACCUGAAGGACUUGCAGAAACAUGUAGGCAACUGGGAGAUUCCUGGGGAUGAAACGGGCAAGAAGUUCGUCAUAAACGUAUGCGCCGCUGUUAACCUGGAUGCCAGUCAUAAGAUGAAAGGGGCUGGUGCUGCUGCAUGCAGCACCAACGCCACAGGGUCAAGGUUGUGUUCCAGCCUGGGCACAUUGAGCACUGGCCCUGUCAAGGCAGACCAAGGUCCUUUGGUACUGCACUAUACUGGUGGUUCUCCAUGUCAUAAUGGUUCCUUGAGAUAUAAGACUGAAAUCUCUUUUGUGUGUGCAAGAUUUGAAAAAGGUCCAGAGUUCCUGUCAAAAUCCAAUGAUUGCGUGUAUUCAUUUUUAUGGGAAACUCCUUCAGCUUGUCCAAUCAAGUAUGCAGUUGGGAAGCAGUGCGUGGUGACUGAACCCACCUACAACACGCACUUUGAUCUCCGACCACUGCACAACACACGGCAGGACUACUCGGUACACUUGGACGACGGAAGCUUCUCCCUAAACGUGUGUGGUCCGUUGAAGGAACCCUGUGGCGGCUUCCGAAAUGCCAGCGUGUGUUUGAGAACAGGAAAUAAAGAGAUUCCUAUUGGCUGGGCAAGUGACAGUCUCCACUACGUGGAUGGACGGGUGGCUUUCGAGCUCCACGGAGCAGAAUGCAAGCCGGGCAACAAGAGCACCGUGCACAUCAUCAUGCUGUGCGACUACAGUGUGGAGUCGGUAGCUGAGCCCGUGGAAUACCUGUCCACCGAUCAGCUGUGCACGUUCUUCUUUGUGUGGCACUCUCGGGAGACGUGCUUCCCGAGCAGGGAAGUGGACUGCAGGGCGACGGACGAGAACGGGACCGUCUACGACCUCUCGCCCCUGUCGCUGGCGUCCAGCAACCACGUGUUCCUGCACCGGGACGCCGCUGGCCGGAGCAAGUUCACCAUCAACGUGUGCCGCUCCGUGGUGGUCGGCUACGGCACAGUGUGCAGCCCGGGCUCGGCCGUCUGCAUGGAGAACGUUUCCCAGCCCGGCAGCCACAACAACUUGGUGAAUGUUGGUGAAGUGACAGACCCACCCAAGUUUGAGAAUGGCUUGCUGGUACUGAGAUACAUGGGGGGUGACAUCUGCAGGGAUAGUGGCCCGCCAGUAAUGUCGUCUUCCAUCGUUUUCGUGUGUGAUCCAUCUGCUGUAGAAACUUCCCCAGUUCUGGAAAAAAUAAAAAACUGCCAUUAUAGUUUCUCGUGGCGCACGGACGUGGCUUGCCCGCAGCGGAAACAACAAGAGCCAAUUCCAGAAGACAGGCAGGCUGCUCAGGCCAGUGACUGCAUUGCAGUGAAUCCCGCCACAAAGUUCAGAUUUGAUCUUUCCCCUCUGAAGAACAUAAUAUAUACAACAUAUCUGUCUGUGGUGGACUACCUGCUGAGGUUUGCGGAGAAGGUGUUGGGGUGUGCCAGGUCGGUGGGAGCAGGACGGUGUCGCUGGGCGCCGGCAACAGCCGCCUGUCGUACGAUGGCAUGCUGCACUUGAACUACACGGGCGGCGACGCCUGCCUCGGUGGCGCCGGCAGGAGGAACGCCUGGCUGCAGUUCGUGUGCGGGCCGGAGGGGU